AUGACGACCACAGGAGCGGCCAGGAUACGGCCUCGGCCGCUCUUCCUCGCCCUAGCCAUCUGCUUGCUGCUGUUCUGCAGCGGCGCCCACGCCUCGAUUGGUGACCGGCUGCCCGAGUUUCGCCAAUGCGUCGAGGUCUGCAAGCAGGAGAAUUGCGACCCGAACAAGCCGCAGACUCCGAUCCCUCUCCUCCACCGCCUCCUCCUCUGGGACUGCCCGCAGGAGUGCGACCACGCCUGCCAGCACAUAACCACGGCGGCGCGCGUGUCGGCCGGCGAGCCCAUCGUCCAGUUCUACGGCAAGUGGCCCUUCCGCCGGCUGUUGGGCAUGCAGGAGCCGCUGUCGGUGCUCUUCAGCAUGGGGAACCUGUGGGCGCACGCCGACGGGCUGCGCAACGUCCGGGCGGCGAUCCCCCCCUCAUACACACUGCGGCCGUUCUACGUGGUGCUCGCGCACGUGGGCAUCGCCAGCUGGACGCUCAGCUCCAUCUUCCACACGCGCGACUUCGCGGCGACCGAGCAGCUCGACUACUUCGGGGCCGGCGCCAACGUCCUCUACGGCCUGUACUACGCGGUGGUGCACCACUUCCGGCUGGACCGCCGCGCGCCGCGCCGCCGCAGCCUGCUGCGCGCCUGGACGCUGCUGUGCGGCGCCAUGUACGCCGCCCACGUCGCCUACCUCAAGCUGUGGCGCUGGGACUACGGCUACAACAUGGCCGCCAACAUCGCCUGCGGCCUCGUCUCGAACGGCCUGUGGUCCUGGUACUCGUGGGUCAAGUACGAGCGCACCGGCCGCAGCUGGGCCGCCUGGCCCGGCUUCGCCGUCGCCUGGAUCAUGCUCGCCAUGAGCCUCGAGCUGUUCGACUUUGCGCCGCUGUGGGGCAGCGUCGACGCGCACUGCCUGUGGCACCUGGGGACCAUUGGGCCUACAAUCGUGUGGUACAAAUUUCUGAUCAAGGACGCCCAAGAUGAUAUGGCAACCGAGAGGCUGAAGGCUUAG